GUUAGGACAAGAAAUUAGAACACAAGUGAGGAAGUGUGGUUCAACACAUUUGUCAGUAAUUUAUUUUGUUUUUAUUAAAUUUGUGCAUCAUGAGAAAAGCUUCUAAAGCACUUCGAAGGAGCAGUAUACGCUUGAAAUCCUUCAGUUGUGGACACAGUGAACUAAAUCUUAUAGUGCUAGAUAUGAAAGAAGUGCGGUCAGCGGCUAAACAAUUUACUGACGCACAGGAAACAGUAUGGAAGGAUUUGUUCAAGUGGGCAAGUAAGGAGAGAAAUGAGGCAAUUCGUGAAUCUUUUUCUUACCUUGUUGAACUUAGCCGACUAUGGACAGAAGUACAGAACGAAUUUAUUGAACAAUUGAACAAGUUUAGAUAUACUUUUGAAAUGAUCCUUGAGGGUGAAAUGGAAAUUGACAGACUAAGGGAGCAACAUGCUGCCUGUGAAGCUAAAGAAAAUAAACUGAAGAAAGAUUUGCAGAAAGCCAUAGGUCAUAAUCUUAACCAUCAAGCAAGACAAAUAGAGCAAAAAAUUGUUGAGACGAAGUCAACAAUAAAAUCAACUCAAAUAGAAAUUUCAGAGAGAACUCAUGAAAAUGAAGGUGUUAAAGUAAUUAAGUUGAAAGAAGGUUUAUUGAAAUUGUCAGAUUCAUACAUAGAGUUAGCUCAAAAAUCAAGUAUGAUAUUUGAUGGAAAAAGAAAUAUAGCUGGAGGCUUGCCAGAGUUGGAACAAACACGAGGGAUGCAGGAUGUUCGGUAUCGAGGAUCCCAAUUAGCAAAACAAACUGUGACUCGAGUGAAGGAAUCUGUAAAAACCUACAAGUCAACCACAUCGUCUCAUUUACAACCUGAAGCCCCGCCAGGCCCGUUGGACUGUCCCCCUCCCUACACCACCAUCCCUGGCCCAGCAUAUCCUCCUAGCUACCAAAACACUGUGGGUUGUGUGACAUAUCCCAAUGGAUGGUCAAGGCCACCACCAAAUGGGGGCCCGGGUUAUUAUGAUGUUCCAGAAGAAGAUUACGAACAGGACAUUGCUGGAGCUAUUGGUGGAGCCAGAAUAUAGCAUUCGCUUCCUACAUACUCAGCCAUGAAAAUACUGACAUCCUGCCAAGCUUACUCAUUUUAUAAUUUCGCUUCUUAAGAAUAGAUGUUUAGGGUCUGCCAUGUUUUGUACCAAACUGUGUAUAACACUUUGACUUAGUAAUAUAUUUUGAUACAUACAAACAAAAUAUUUGUGCCAAAUUUGGCAUAAAGUGAUGAAAUGUUAUCUAUUACAACAUUUUAAUCUCAACAGGCUGUAUAUAAAGAACUUCAGCUCAACCAAAAAGAUUGAAAACACCAUAUGGUUCAUUCCUCAUCUGUAAGGAGGGUCUAGUCCUUAAUUUAAUAGUGUUACCAAGCCUCUUUUCUAAUUUACAAAUCAUAAUAAAUAAAAUAGCAGUUCAAUUAUAAUCAAGGAAUUUCAUGUAUAUAUAUAUAUAUAUAUAUAUAUAUAUAUAUAUAUAUAUAUAUAUAUAUAUGGCAAGCCAAGUGCAGUAUUGUAUCUGGACUUUGGCUUGGUAAAUGAUUGAACCUUACUUCAUAACUGAUUUUGACCAGUAACAAAUUUAAAACAAUUAUUUUGAAUUUUAAUAAUUUAGAUUAGCUUAUAGUUUUACUCAUAUAGUUAUGUCUGUUUAUGGUUCAUACACCUAUCCUAAAUAGUCACUAUUAUGAAUGUUAAGUAUUUAAAUUUUGGUUUACUAUAAAUGUACAAAAAGCGUGAGUUAUAUAUAAUAUUCGCUUUGUAGAAAACAUUGAUACUCUAAUUGACUUGACCUAGGUAAUGUUUUUUAGAAGUCCCAUUGGUGACAUCAGUUUUUAGAUAUCUUCAUCCAAAAUUUAUUUAUCCUAAAUUCAAUUUGCUUGCUUUUUUAUGAAGCUUGUACUUACAGUGAUAUAGACAAUUUAAUACACCAUUUCCUGAAACUUUGUACGGCCUGUAAUCUGUACACAGUUAUUAAAAUUUCAAUUUUGUACCUUUUCACAUUAUUGUUUUUCUGUAUUUCCUGUAUUAUCCUUUAAAAUUGAAUGCAACAUAUCAUUGCAUGCUUCACUUAACACUUUGAGGUCACUAAUUAUCAUUUUGUAUUUUUGUCAAAAUUUAUUUCUUUGUAGGCUGCAUUACUUAAAAUUGAAUGAACAAAAAUGUAAUAACAGUUAUAAAACUUAGACGUAUUGUACCUAAAUUUUGAAUUUGUACACACUUUUAGGGAGCAAACUCAAUUAUUCAACAGAAAUUUUCAGUACAAUCCAGAAAAGUACACUUAAUUUAGGGGCUUAUUUAAAGAUUACUAGUUAUAAAAAACUGUUUCACCCACUUGUUCCAAUUUAAAGAUAGUCCAGGUAUAUUAAUUGUUAGUUAUAUCUGAAUCCUUAUUACAAGUAUAUGGACAAAGGUAAUACUUGUAUGUCAUAACUGACUAAAUACGUGUUUUUAGAUGAACUUAUUAAAAAUAUUAGAAAUAAAAACAAAGAUAAACUGCUUCAUUUUUUAGUCAUGGUUAUAAAUUAACUGGACCAAACUGUAAAAUGCUCAAAAAUCCAAGAUUCUAAAUUAGCUUGUAAACUAAUUCUGGAUUGAUUAGUUGAUUUGGUUGUGUUAUAAAGUAUCAUGUUAUUUGGCCAGAGAAUACAGUAUGAUUUUGAACAUUGUAUUAAGGUAGGAAAAAAACAUUGACCAUUUUUAAGUAGUACAAAAUAUAUAUUUUAUAUCUAAAGUCAUGUUACUUUAGGUCAUCCAGUUUUUUUUAAAUUUAGUAUAGGUUUUUAUGUUUAUAUACAUAUAAUUUUUAUACAUUUUCAAUUAUGUAUUUUAUUGAUCAGUGAUUAUGUUAUUAGAUUUAGAUGUUAUAGUUUGCUUGAAAUAUUAUCCCUUGUCAGGUUUUAACUUUUUUACAGUACAGUGUAUGGAUUUUGUUGUUAUUUUUUAAUGCAUGUGGAUCUAUAGUUUAUUAGCUGGUUAGAACUUUUUCAUUGCUGAUUCAAGGAGCUGUUCAUUCAUGCUUACUGAGAAUUUCAUCCACCUUAAGAUUUGUUUGAGCGAUUUCUCUCCAACUUCUCGAAAAGAAUUUUAGUAUAUUGUCUGGUUCCCAUAGUGCAUGGAAAAUCAUUAGAAUAACAGUAGUAGGUAAGAAGUCACAAAAAAAAUUAAAGUAAUUUUUUAAUCAAAGUAAAAAAGUUUUAGAUAAUGAAGCCUAAUGUGGUCCUUUCCUGGGAGUAGUUUGGUGAUUUACUGCCACAUAUUUUGAAGUAGGUUUUUAAUAGCAUACAAAAUAUUAAAUAUAGUAUAUUACCUGAUUUUACUCAAAGAGGUUUUGUUAGUUUAGUUAAUUAUUACAAAAUAGAAAAAAAAUCCAAGAUAAAAAUAAUGUGGGCGCUGGAUUUUUAAUUAUCAUACAUAAAUUUGUAUUUUUUGUGUAUGAACUGGUGCUUACAUGUUUCUUCAACUAUAUUAUGUUAAGACACUGAUGUGCCUCUAGUAUUAAUUUAAAAAUGGAUGCGGUAAUGCUGUAUGAAGAAAGGUCUCCUUAAUGUAUGUUUUUAUCCUACAAUUUAUUUAAUAAAUGCUGUAAUAAAUCAUGUUCAAUUUUGUAUGGCUGUGUUCUUUUAGUAGAAAUAGAUUUAUUGCAUCACUUAAGACAAUAAUGUAAGUAGCUAGAUUUUAUAUUACAAUUGUAUCAUUAAUUGAAAUAAUAGUGUUUAAUCUUCUUACAGCGUUAUACAAUUUUAUAUUUAUUUCAUGACAAAUUUAAUUUAAAAAUAAAGUAUAAUUGUUCAUGAUUCUUUAACAAAUAUUUACAUAAACUUAUAUUAGUUUGUUUGUACAUAAUGUAAGUUAAGUUUACAAAUUCUUGUUAUAUAACACAAUUAUUAUACAUAAUAUUUUUGUGAAAGAAUUAUCAUGAUGAAGUAAAGUUCAGAAGUAAGAUAAUGACAUGUCAGUAUAUCUUCUAUUUUGUUAUUGACAGUAGAGAGACAGCAGUAAGAUUUACUUAGACUUAUGUUGUAGUUAGUACUAACACGCAUACAGUAUAUUCUGUUUAGAACAUUGAUUGAAAAUCAUGUACCCAUUAAUAAUACACCAUACAUUGUAGAAGAAGUGAUGUCUGUUGCCACUUUCAUUAGAAUACUUGUGUAAAAUACCUCACCUCUGUUAUAUAAAAGAAACAUGGCUUUAGAGUAAAAAAACAAAUGUAAAUCAAGGAGUCAGUGCUUGAAAUACAUGUUUUAUUAUUACUUUUAAUGGGUGAUUUCUAAAAAUAAAAAUAUUUUAUGUAGUCUGUAACGUAUACUGUAUAGCUUUAGUUUUUUUUACUAAACAUAUAUCAAGGAAUAGUCUUAUUCCCUGGUGUGUGAAUCAUCAUAAUCUUUGAAAAUUAAGUGAUUAAAAAUAUUAAGUGAUAAGAAUAAAUCCUGUCCUAUGGCCUUUUAGACAGUGGUGUCACCAGGAUAUUUGUCCGGUGCCUGUUGACCUUUUGACAGCUAUUCCUUUUGCUACUUUUUAUCUCCACUUCAACAUAACAUAAUGAGAGGCAUAGGAUCUAAAUAUAAUGAAUAAAGUGAGACAUGGCAGAGAAUCUGAAAAACUGUAUUCUGUAAUAAAUUCUAAACAUUUUAAACCAUUCAACUGUUUUAUUAGUUUUUUCAACCAGUGCCGCUCUAAAGGUGCCAAUGGUGCAGUGUAGCGGUUACAGUGUUUAUCACAAGAUAACCAAAUCAAGUAAAAUCAACCUAGGCUGCUUCUGGGAUGUCUGACCACUGAUAAUUCCUGUCCUUGCAAGCAGCUUGCCUGCCCGGCCAUUGAUUGGUGGUUCGGAGGUUACUUUUAAGGUGUUAGUCCCCAGGUUAAAUUUUAGAAUAUAUUUUAGAACAUACCUUUGCCUGCUAAAAUAAGACAUUCUUUACAUUUUCAUGGUAUCUUCUAAAUCUUACGAUUUUUUUGGUAGGUUCAUAUAAAACUUGCAGGUUGACUGAAGAAAACCCCAUUUUUUAAGUUUGUGUUCUGGUGCUUCCAGUAAAUUUUGAAUUUGCAGAAAAUAGAAAAUGUUGUAUUACUUUGCAUUAAUCCCAAGGAACAAGUUGAUAUUUCUUGGAAAAACCUGUUUAUCCACUCUAACAUUGCUCUACUUAAUUAUUCUGAUAAACAAAGGGUUUUAGGGUUUUUGUCUUUAGCUUUUUCUCGUGAUAGGAUCUUUUUAAUUCUUGUUUUUCUUUUUUAUUAGUAUUUCUUACUCUUUACAAGUAGCUUUUGCAUACAUACAUAUAUUGCUCAUAAGUUUAUCUCUGUUUUCCUUUGAGAUCAUUUUCAAACUACUCAUUUGAAUAGAGAUAACUAUACAAGUAAGAGUUAUAAUGAAAUGGAAAGGGGAAGUGGGUGUGAGUUAUAAUUGUAUAAAACAGUUAAAUCUAUUUGGAAUGUUUGAGUUUGUCAUUUUCGUACUAGCUUUCUAGUUUUCUCUCUGUUUGGUACUCAUUUACGUGUGCCAAAAGAAGCUUUACUUUAAUAAUAAUUAGAAUUAAAUUUAAUAUACAUGAUAGACACAUACUUACAUAAAACAUUCAGGGGAGCAAUUGUAAGAACAAAAUAAAAAUACAACUACAACAUAUAACAAAAUGUUGAACUAUCACUGACUGAAAUCAUGAAACGACAAGCAGGGUGGGCUGGUGUUCAUGUUCAUGUUUUACCUAUGCAUAUGUGUAUUAAUUAAAAUUCAUUUAAAUAACAAUUAUUGUAUUAUAGUAUAAAAGUUGCUUAUUAGUUGCUCUAGUGAUAGUGCCUUAUUGAGUAAAAAUUUGAGUUUGCAUUUUUUUUUUUAAGUUGUGGAAAGACGUAAGUUUCAUUUGUUUGUAUAUUUAUUUUACUGGAACAGUACUUUUUUCUAAGAUUAGACUUGGCCAUGGAGUAUUAACCUACAUGAAAAUCCAGUUACAUUUGAAUACGCUAUACUCAGUGCAGCCAAAUAAAAGUAACAAAAUCAGUUACCUCUUUGUUCACUCUCACAAUGUUAAUGUGAAGAUGAAACAUAAACUUAGUGUUAUCAAUUAACCUUUGCCUUUAGAGCACUAAAUAACUAUUAUUGUUUGACUUGAGAGAAUCAGAAUGGUAAACGUAGUCUGCUUAAUUAUCUUGUACUAUCCAGAGUAUCAAAUGUAUUGUAUAUUUUACAUUGUUUAUGACAAACAAAGCACUAUUGACGAGGACUUUAAUAAAGUAGCAAACAAGAUUUUUAUAUAUGUAUGUAUAUAUGUUUUAUAUAUAUAUAUAUAUAUAUAUAUAUAUAUAUAUAUAUAUAUAUAUAUAUAUAUGUGCUCAAAGCAAUCUGGAAGUUUUAUAAAAGAGACAAAGUUAAUUUUUCUUAUAUUACUUUAUGUGCAGGUUUACAGUUCAGGCUAUGAGAGCUGUAGUAGCGUACACAAAUGUUAUAGCACUGUCAUAGUGCAGCGGCACAAUUUACUGUUACAUGCGUACCUAGUGUUAAAUCUUACUUUAUGUUGACAUAUAUAUAUAUAUUACAAGCUCUGUUGAAAUUGAAUUAAAAUUUCCAAAAUAGAUGCAGUUUAAUUUAAAACUAACAAAACUUGUUUGUAGCUUAAACUAAAAUAAUCCGUCUUUAACUUGAUAAAAUGAAGGACAGAAAUGAUUAUAUGUAUGCUAGAAUAAAGUAAGGUAUUAAAUUUGACAACUAGAUUAUACUAAACUAUAGCAGAAAUGCUAUGAAAUAAAAGUAGCAACAACGUAUUUCAGAUGUUUUACUUUAGAUUAUUUUGAUUGCAUUGAGAUUCUAGUGAUAUGACAGUAGUCGAAGCUAAUAAAGUCUGAAUUGGUUGAUUAGGUUGUCAAAACAAACACUUUUUGAGUCUUCUUAUAUGGUUUUUUAUUGAAUUCAAUUAAGGCUUUUUAAUGUUACGGAUUUAAUAUUAAUGUUCACGUUCAUAGAGCUAUUUAUUUGGUUGUCAUGUCUUAGAAUUUGAGUUUAGGGGUCUUUAUUGAUUUGAUCAUGUUACGAUUUUUACAGUAAUAACGAUUGGUGGGAGAAUAAACAUUAACUGAUUUAUGGUCCAAGUAAUGAAAUUAGCAUUGUUCAUUUGGUUAUGAUAAUCAUGUUCAACAAAUGAUCAAUGAACAAGUGUGUUGACUUCAAACACUUAUUGAGAAUAAAACCCAUAAAGUUUUUAUUACACCAAUCUUGCUGGUGGCGUGCGUUGAUAUAACAUACAACUUGACCAUAUAUACAAUUGGUUUUUUUGUAAUUUCUGAAUCCCCUGAUGCCAUUCUUUUAUAAAAAUAUGUUAUUUUAAACCUCAAUAUUUGAAUUAUUAUUGUUUAAACAAAUUUUGUUAUUACACUGAAUUGAACAAUACACAAUAUAAUACUAAUUAAAAAUGUUGAUAGAACUUAACUAUAUUGAGGCAAAGCAAAUCAAAUAUUCAAAACAAACAAAAAAUUGGGAAUAAGAAAACAGAACAGUUGUAUAUGGACAAGUUAUGUUUGCUCAACAGUUGCUGACCUAAAACUAAUAUUAGCACAGGUUAACAGGCAAGUAUAAAUAUCAGCUGAUAUAUGUUUUAUUCCCAGUAUAUGCUUAAUAUCGAAGCUGGAACUAUAGGAGUUGAUUACUACAGCCAGAUGUGCUAAUUUCAUUAGUGGAACCUACCUACUGCAAAACUCAGUAAUUGUUAUUAUAUCCAUCCUCAUCCGUCAAUUAAUUGCUCAAGCCAAUAAAGCCUCAAACUUGACUGACGACUUGUUUCAUUCUUGUAUUUACUGUACUAGCUUUUUUUACAAGUAUUUUUAUAAUAAAAUAAUUCAGUAAACACACAGCUCUCUGUUAUUAGUUUAGUAGUUAAUGUAAGCAUAUGAAUACUACAUAAUAUUUUAUUACUAAUUUUUUACAUAAUUUUUCAAACCUAUGUGGAGUUUUGUAUUUUUUUUAUCUAUUUCUUUUGUAUUAUAAUUACUAUAUAUUUAUAUGUGAUAUACGGUCUUUUUACAUGUUUGCAUUGAGAAAUACAUAUAUUCAUUAUA